ACAGUUAGUCUGCCCAGACUCCAGGUUCAAAAAGGUUGCCCUCGUUAUAAGUAGCACAGCCAUGGAGACCGUUCGCCAGUGGAGCUUUUUGAUCUCCGUUCUUCUAGCUGGCCUGCUGAUUUGGCCUGCUCAUGCUAGCGGCGGAGAAGGCCAGUCCUGUGGAGGAGACCCAUGCCCUGAUGGUCUGAAAUGCUGCAGCUCAAUUUGCAGGGAAUGCUGUGGCAAUGGACAAUGUGCAGCCGAUCAGCGCUGCUGCGAUGGAAAGUGCACAAAUGGUACAUGCUGCGCUGGGGAUGCCAACUGCUGCAACGGAGUGACAUGCGGUGCAGGCACCAAAUGCUGCGGUGGAGAGUGCAAGGGUUGCUGCGCCGCCGGGGACUGCGCGGCAGGGAAGUGUGCAAGGCGUGCUGCACAAGUGGGGACUGCGGAUAUGGGAAGGUCUGCUGCAGGGGACAGUGCAUAUCCGGUACAUGCUGCCCCGGGGACGCCAACUGCUGCAAUGGAGUGGCAUGCGCUGCUGGAACCAAAUGCUGUGGGGGAAUGUGCAAGGCAUGCUGCACUAGUGGGGACUGCGGAUAUGGGAAGGUCUGCUGCAGGGGACAGUGCAUAUCAGGUACAUGCUGCCCUGGGGCAGCCAACUGCUGCAAUGGAGUGGCAUGCCCUGCUGGAACCAAAUGCUGUGGGGGAAUGUGCAAGGCGUGCUGCGCUAGUGGGGACUGUGGAUAUGGAAAGCUCUGUUGUGGAGGGCAGUGCAAGGUCUGCGAAUGCUGCCCUGGGACGUUAGGCUGCUGCAAUGGGAGGCGCUGUCCCACUGGCAAGGUCUGCUGCAAUGGAGAAUGCAAGGCUUGCUGCUCAGACAUCCAUUGUCCAUCCUCAAAGAAGUGCUGCAAUGGAGUGUGCAAGAUGUGCUGCAUACACAAAGACUGCUUCGGUGCUGGCCUCAACCAAUGCUGUGAUGGUUUCUGUCAGAAGAAUUGCUGUGCGAAUGGUAUUUGUAAAGGAAAAAAGUGUUUGGUGGGAGAGUGUAAUCAUCACUAAAAUGAACUUGAACUCCUGCAGCCAAUGGUGCGGGGGCGCGGGACAGUUGCAAUUAGAUAAGAUCAUACAGCAGAUAGACGUCUUUCAGUGGGGAAUGGAAAGGUUCGUGAGUACGGGGACAAAAUGGAUUCAAUUACACUGUGUUGCAGGUAGAGGCCUUUAUAUAGAGAAUGGGUAUGGAGAUGAGUGUUGUAGAGCUUAAUAAUAUAUACAGGAAGUUGGACAUCACUCACGAGAAUGCCUGAUUAUGGCCCCUACUUGUGAGGUGGCCCCAACUUGCAUGUGAUGUCCCCGCCAGUCUGCGCCAGGCAUGGCUGCAUGCUUAAGUUUACGAUUUGCACCUAAGGCUUCUGUAGGUACGCAUAGAUUCUUGCUGGCAGCUUUUCAGUCGCACUUUUACAAGCCGAUUUCUGCUCACGAAUAAAUUCAAUUCCACUGU